AUAGAUAGAUGGAUGACAAUGUUUAAGAAAUUUCCUACAGUUUGAGCAUACUUCUUGUCCUGUCAGGGCUGCGUGAAAAGUGAUUUUCAUUUUAAAAUCAUGUUUUAUAUUAAUUAGCAAACAGAAAAAUGAGUGAAGAUCAUGGAGAAUUAGAAGUUAAUUAAUGCAAGCAUGGUUUAGUCCAACCUGUAGAAUAGAACAAUGAACUGGUAUGUACAGCUGUUAUCUAACAGACCACAUCUUGUAAUUCUAGUAUCUGGAGCCUUCUCAAUUCUAGCUUUAGUGCUCUCACUCACUGUAGGAGAACUUCCAGACUUCUCAGACCCUCAAGCGGGGUUUGAGUCACGUGGGACCGAGAUCAGUGAUAGAUUGGUCGCUUGGUCCAAUCUUCUGGACUCUGUCAGCCAUGUUGGACCCCUUAUAUCCAAUCCUAACCUUCUGACCAAUCUUAAACCAAGGGUACGGAAACGGAAAAGAAAAGAGAAAAAGAAGAAUUCAAGAGUUGAUCGGUUCAAGCGAGAUCUAAGAUUUAAAACUGGAAAGGAUGAAAAGCAGAUUUUAGGGAUCGACAAUUCUAUCUCAGUUUCAAUCAGGAUUCAAAAUGGCGGAAAGACUCAACUGGGAAAACAGCUAACCCCGCGAACCGGACGAUCAGCUGACUCAAACAUGGAGAAUCGGAACGCUUGGUUGUGUGGGGAUCCAGUUGCUGAGUAUGUACAUGUAGUGUACGAGAGUAUGAGGGGAGAAAGCUUGUUUACAAUGGAUUCUAUUCUCUCCAUGUGCAGGCUUGAAUCAGUUUAUUUAAAAACAAGAGAGGAGUUCAACGAACUCUGCGAGACUAAGGGUCCUGCUGACUGCUGUCCUGGUUGGUCCCUGGGAGGAUACAUUGCUCUGCUCUUCAAUAGAACUUCUUGUUUUACUAUUCAGGAGUCUGACGUAGAUCUUACUCUUCAGCUAGCAAAACAAUGCUUUCCCCAUUAUAAGGCUGGUCGAUUAACAGCUGGCUGUUUGGAUGAUUACAGCGACUGUACGGGAGUGCCAGUACAGUGUGUACAACACAAUGCAAUAUUUACAAUCUUACAUUUCCUCACAGAUCAAUCUUUUCCUGAUGAACAGGGAAAUCUAAAGUACGCAAUAUCCUUCCUUCCCCUUGCCCGCAGCUCUGCAAUGAUGCCGUUCUAUGGAGGUUUAGACGGAGUUAAAAUCUCUGACGGAAGAACACAGAUUGUUGCCAUGGAUCUUGGUUUGAAAGAUGCUUUGUUUAACAAAUAUCUACUCCAGGAUGCCCACUAUCUUCUACUCUCACUAAUACUCAUAUUUUUCUCAGUGUGGGUAUUCACGAGCUCCUUGACGAUCACCCUGGCCUCCCUCUCUGCAAUCCUCUUCUCCUUGGUGAUUGCGUACUUCAUCUACACCUUCAUCUUCAACCUCUCCUUCUUCCCCUUCAUGAAUAUACUCGCUGUUAUAAUUGCUUUAGGAGUUGGAACUGAUGACACAUUUAUCCUUGCUAAAGUUUGGAACAAGAGCCAACAGACUUUUAAGAAAGGGAAUGAACCUGAUGUACUUGAAGACCUAGUAAACUACACACUAUGCCACGCUUCACUAAGUAUGCUGGUUACCUCAAUCACUACUGCAGCUGCAUUCUUCGGAUCCAUUGUAUCCAACAUCACUGCAAUCAAGUGUUUUAGUAUUUUUGCUGGUUUAACUAUCCUGGCAAACUUGUUACUCAUGUUGUCCUGGGUUCCAGCUUGGAUGGUUCUUCAUCAUAAACUUAUGAAUUUACAGAUUUUACCUGAAACUACCCUACCUCCUGCACUCAAAUCAUUCAGCCAAAGUGUUCUAGCUUGCUACAAUAAGAGUCAAGGCUUUGUGAAUAAGUUUUACGAUACUGUUCUGCCAUGUGUUGUGAUCCGGCCUAAAAUACUAUGGAUUAUUCUGCUAGGAAGUAUGGUUGUAUUGAGCAGUAUUGUAUUGUUCUACCUGCCCGGCCUACGUCUACCUGCCUCCGACCAGCUGCAGCUCUUCACCUCCACACACCCCUUCGAGAUAUAUGACUUCAAGUUCAGGAAUAUGUUUGACUUUGAGAAGAGCUACCAGAAACAGUUUAAUGUAAACAUGCCCCUUAGAUUUGUCUGGGGGGUUCAAGAUGUAGAUAAUGGAAACCAUUUGAACCCAGGGGAUAGAGGAAUGAUGAGGUUGGAUAGCAGUUUUGAUAUCUCGACAAAAGAAGCACAAUCUUGGAUGUUCAAGUUCUGCCAGGAGCUUAAACGGCAGCCAUUUUACAAGCUUGUUACUGGCCGGCUUCAACUAUCCAACUGCUUCGUUCAAACUUUCAGGGAUUGGAUGUCCAGACCCUGUCAUAAUGAUCUUUCAAAGGAGGAUCAUAGACCCUGCUGCAGAGAAUCUCAUUUCCCUUUUCCACCCGCCAUCUUUAAUCAGUGUUUACAACUAGCUGUUGAGGAUCUAUACGAGACUCCUUCUGAUCUCUGGUUGCCUGGAGUAGCUGGACCCAAAUUUGAUAUCAUCUCAAGGAAUGUUUCUGCAAUCAUUAUUGAGUUUGAGUCAAAUCAACUGUUUUCCUUUAAAUACGCGGAAAUGCAGGAAUUCUACUUUACAGUAAAUAAAUGGUUUAAGGAGAUACUUGUAUCCGCCCCUGCUGAGCUCUCGGGGGGUUGGUUUUCCAGCUACCUGGAGUUUUAUGAUCUUCAACAAUCCUUGCUUCAGGGAACCUACAUAGCCAUCAUAGUUGCCAUGCUCAUUAGUUUUGUUGUUCUCCUGGUGGCAACGCAGAACGUUGUGUUGAGUAUGUUUGCUAUUGCUACAGUUUUCAGUAUCAUCAUGGUUACCGUAGCAAUCCUUCUACUUCUAGGUUGGGAGCUAAAUAUACUUGAAUCUGUAGUUGUAUCACUUGCUAUUGGUCUCUCAGUAGACUUUACUCUUCACUACGGAAUUAUGUACAAGCUGGCUGUAGACACUGAAAGAGAGGCAUGUGUGAACUUUUCCUUGUCUACUAUGGGUAGUCCUGUUAGUAUGGCAGCCUUUACUACCUUCCUAGCAGGGGUUGUUCUUCUUCCUAGCAGAGUUCUAGCUUAUAUCCAGAUUGGCACCUUCAUCACUAUACUGAUGGUGAUAUCUUGGAUAUUCUCAACUAUUUUCUUCCAGGCAAUUCUAGGUUUGUGGGGACCCCAGGAGAAAUCUACAUUUACCCUUCCUUACCUGGAGAAAUUGUGCUGUACUCAAACCCUAGACCAGGAGGAGGAGUUAGAGAAUAAGCAGGCCUACACAGUCUCAGACAGUGCUAUCUCUCAGAUGUCAAACUCCAACAUGAGUUAUAAGGUUGAUAACUCUCCUGAAAUGUUGCUACGAGGCGGGAAUGGAAAUCCUCAGGGACAGAAGAGUUUAAAGAAAAGAUGUUUUUCUUACUCUAAACCCAACGAAAAUAAUAAUAGCAGAUUGUUAGAGGGGGGAGGGGGUGGUAGAAGUAAAAGCUGUGAUCUAACUGAAACUCCUUUAACCCUAGCGGAUACUCAACUAACGAUGCUAGAAGACCAACAGGAGAUUGAUGAUGGUGAAGUUUGUGAAAUAACAGCGACUGAAACAGAAUUAGGAGUUACAGUUACAACAACAGUAGCUACCUUACAUACAGUCCCCAGUUUCAGAACAGCACAGCGUGGAUUCAUGGAUUCUCCUGGCAGAAGGUCUAUUGAUGAAAUCGGCCGAGAGAUUGGAAAUCGGCGGCCAAUAGAUGAACCAAUGUUUGUCUCUGACGGGCGAACCAUUCGAUCAGAUCCGUUUCAUAUUCAGUCAUUAAAGAAAAGUGGAGUUCACGGAACAAAAUCUAAAUCUUGUCAGGACGGAGAGUGCUGUUCUGAGGGGAGAGGAAUGAAUGGGAAAGGGGAAGGAAAAGGAUCUAAAGUGAAAGUGGAAAAUAGAACCGUUGUGAGCAAGGAAAAAGAAGACAUGAAAGUGAGCAAGGAGAAGAAUGAACCUCCAGCAGUGAACACUCCCGACGGACUGGAUGUUGUUGAUCUCUGUGAAGAAGUUGAUCUGGGACUAGGAGAGGAAUAUCAUGUUCCAGGUCCAGGAAAUGGUGUUGAUCUACCUGCUAUUGCUGGAGAUAUUAUUAAUGAGGCGGAAGAUAUAAGACCUGUUGAUGGAGCUCCUUGUCCUCCACCACAUUAUCCCUUGGACAAAGCAAAGAUGCUAACGGAUAGAAGUGAAUCACCGCCUCUAAGUUGUCCGCUAGAAAAAUCUGCUAAACCUGUUGAAACUAGCGGAGCUAUUCCAAAAUACUCCAGGAAGAAAAGUUUACCUGAAUCUGCCUUUAUGGCAGGUCCAGACAUACAUCAACAACCUUAUCAGCUCAUUGGCUCACCCAGAUCAAGCUCAAACAGCUCUAAAAAACGUGAUCGCCGACCUAAAAGUAGUUUCGGUUCAACUCCUCAAUCCCAGUUUAGCAUAGAACGACGACCUAAGAGUAGUGCUUCCAUUUUGGGUAAAAAUGGCGGUCAUGAGGUGUGUACCUGUCCUGUAAAGGAAUCCCCCAGGAAACUGGAAACAGCGCUUCCUGCUCAAUCAAAAGGAAGUUUAGUUGAUAGUGAUUUUGCUCCUGUUGCUGCUCCCAGAUCCUUUGCUGCUGGAUAUACUGCUCCUGUUCCUCCAGGGUUUGAAACAGCAGAGGAUCCGGGGAUUAUCAAUCCUCCUCUGCGUGUCCUCGGAAAAGAUUCCUUUGAUCUCAAUUAUGUGAAAAAGGCGUUCGGUGCCCCUGAAUCAAGUAAAGUAGAAGAAGGUUACAUAAAGAGUUAUGUCGCCCCUGAAUCUAGAAUGGAGGAAGUAAAGGGGUUUAUUGUUUCAACGGAGAACCCUUCAGGAGAUGGAUUUAAACCUAUAGACAAUAUCGUAGAACAAGAGAUGGGAUGGAACUCUCCUAAAACAAGGAACCAUCGUGAUUUGACCAACAAAGGGGCUCAUAAGGGAUCAUUAGAGACAGGGACACACAGGUCCUCAAGGGGAUCAAAUCCAGUAGCAGAAAUAUUCGAUACAAAUCAACCCCUACCUCCCAUAAGGCACUCUGAGGAUAUUUGUUUACCAACUGUUACCCCUCCUCCACCUCGUAAUCAACCCCCUCGUGUUUGUGGUCCUACUCCUGUAAUCCGGGAAACACGUGGUCGGGAUACUCGUGGCCCUACUCCUGGUCGAGAUACACGUGGUCAUCCACCUACAGUCCGGGACACACGUUGUCCUCCUCCUGUUCUCCGACAAGGAUCUCUCGAUCAGCUUCUGCGGGAUCCGAAACAUUUCAGUGGAAUAUAUCCCAGAUUGGAUUCCACAGAUCUGAUGAUAAAUGAUCCUGAAUUAAACUAUGCUGAGCAGAGAUCAGUGCAACGAAUAGAUCAAGACCUGGACUAUAGAUCAUUAAGAAUGGACCGAUAUUCGGAUCGUUCAACAAGUGAUCAUAAACCUCGCAGAGAUCAAUCCGAUAGAAUAGUGAUGAAAGAUCAAGAACGGGUCGGAAAACGCUCCUCCAGCUCCGUGCACCAGGGAGGAGAGGAUUCUAGAUAUACAGAGCACAUGACGAACAGAACUAACCAGGAUGAAUUCAAGCGAAGAAGUUCUCUUCGUCGUCAUAAAGUGGAAGUGUCGUCCUUGAAGGACAAGAGCCAAGAUAAAGACAGAAGUAUCCUGUCUAAAUCUACUGAAACUAUUCUAAUACGAGGCGACGAUGACCCUAUCCCUAUCCUACCCAACAAGAAGACAGGAACUCCUGAUGUCUGGGUUCUAAGAACCCUCAGAGCUUAAAUAUAAACCUUUAAAGGGACUGAUAACGAAAUUUUAAGUUACCCUCCUUUUAAACCUUCGCUUGGGAAAUGGUUGGAAAUUGUUUCUCUCUGAAAAUUGAUAUUUUACAACCUCGGUGUUACUUUUUAACAAUUGAUAUAAAUUUAUCGGUAGAAACUAUAAUAGUACCUUUAAGAUCGGUAAAACGUUGUCAGUCCUUUCAACGGUCGGUAAAAAUUUAAAAUUCUCAAUUAUUGCCUCUUUAUAAAUUCAUAGUUAAUAAAUUAAACAAAUAACUAAAUCAUCUUCAAAAAUUUUUGUGAAUCUGAAACCAAUACCCAAAGCCCCAAGAGCCAGAAACUUAAGAAAUUACAAAUAUAUCGAUCAGAGCAAAUUUGUGAAAAUCAUAAUCAUAAUCCAAUUUUUUUAUAAAUAUUUAAGUUUUAAAUAUUAAAUAAAUAUCAAAGUUCUGGCUCAGGGCGUGGAUCUUAUCAUGCUCAAACCCUGUACAAUUGAACCGUGUGGUGUUAAAAAUUAUUUAUUUUUUCUCAGUUAAAAAUUACAAGCUAUAAUAAAUAAUGUUACCAUAAAUCAAUGCAACAAAAGUAUUAUCAAUGUAUAAAUUCAUAACCCUGUUUUUAUCCAUAAUUAAGGAUCAUUUUUCCAAGAUGAA